AUGUUUGGCCUACACUCUUUACCAUACGAGGUUUUGGCAAACGUCGUAUCAAAUAUCAACUUUGAUGAUAUCUUUAAUCUUGCAAUUACAUGCAAGAACUUCGGGUUUCUCAUCAAGGAGGAGAGCAUGUGCAGGAUCGUUAUGCAGUCUAAAAUUCCAUACUCCAAUGAGUUCUUGGUGGCGAAGUCAAUUCGGGGCCGCUAUGCUCGUGCUUUGAGAAGAGCUGCGAAGCGACGCAAUGCUCUAACCGAAGUCUCGCCCUAUACUGUUGCCACUGUCGGAUUUUGUGAUGCGUAUAUCUACCGCAAGGGCAUCCUGUGCUACAUUUUGGACGACAUAGUGAGGAUCCUGGACCUCCACAAUUCCGGACAUCACGAAAUUGUGAUCAGCAUCCCAAAGCUGCUUAAUCGAGUUAUAUCGGACAUCCAGGAUAACAAGAAAGGCGCCUUCCAGAUACUCCACUAUUCAGACAAUAUUAUCUCUUGUCUCUACAGGUCUCUUGGGCCAGACUUGACAUCUUGGCUCAUUGCUGUCAACGCGAGGGACCAGGCCAUAUUACUCGUGCAGGAGUUGGAUUCCAUAGACAAGAUCUUUGUGCGCCACAACGAGGAAUUCCUCUACUACGGAACCCAUUCAGAAAUGGAUGACGAUGGCCAUAAAAAAUGGAUGAUCCAUGGAUACGAUCUCAGAUGCCAAAAAUGGUUCCCUGAAGGAAUCUACCUGCCAGAAAUGGCUGGUUCAGAGAUAAACUCCACGGUCUGUUUUGAGAUUCAUGGAAAAUACUUCUACGCACUUUCAAAUCAAACCUCGUUUGAAGUCGAGGAGAUAGAUUGGACUUCGUUUUACCACUGUAUCCGGUUUCCCUUGGAUUCCCCCUGCAAGGAACUGUUAGAGAAGACCGAGAAUAAGGACAUGUGGCGCAGACAACACCAGGAAGGGCCUCUAGAUGAGAGAUGGAUGUUCCUACACCUAUAUGUCGAUGAAACCGACGGAGAGCUCAGAAUCCUCGAGUCUCGAAAGGAAUGGUACCUAGGCUCUAGCAGGAGCCAGCGUAAUUACUAUAUUACGGACAUCGUAUGGCCACAAAGCAAGAGCGACGGUUCAGACUUGUGUUCUCAGCCUGAUCUAUCUGAUGAUUCUUGCCCGAUGUUCUCCCCAGCCGAUGCGGCGAGCACUUCUACCUCGCACACUACAAUCUCGGGACCCAGCACAAUAAGCCCCGAACCCUCGCACCACCACCUCCCUGACAAUUCCCGGUUGCCCAACUGUCAGCUUCGCCGCCUAUGCCGAAAGGAGGAUCACCCCAAUUACCUUGAGGCACCACCGCGGGUGCCGCAAAACACCCACCCAGGUGACGACGGCUCAGCCAAACUCACGUUCACCCUUGCAAAAUCACGACUCAGAACGUACCAUACAAGCAGCAGCACAUUUUUAGACCUUGUCGAUGAUCCUCUCCCUACAGACUGGACAUGCACCCAACGCCUCCGGCUCCGCGCGGGUUCCCGCCGAUUGGGGCCACCCCUUCGAGAUCAAGAAACUGGCUUGCUCCGUCACCACUCGGACGACCUGCCUACUGCCCUUGAGGAACUCUACAGGAAAGAGGAUAUUAAUUUCUGGCCAGCAGCGCAGGGUCCAGAGGCAGCAACCCGAGAUGAGCAACUUGAUGAGGUUUACAGGCUACUAAACCCACCUACGCACCUAGGGAGCGUGGAAGGGACUGCGGACGAUAGAUCGAUGGUCUAUGUGACAGGCUCAACUAAACCGCAAGCGCUUAUCUUCGUAGGAUUUGACCCUGCUAUAAGACUGCGUGGGGUGAAGAGGUGGCGUGGUUUGGCUAGCAAAGGUCUUGGCGAAGGACCUCAUAUCGAUGGGAGAGCGACUGGACCGGAUGCUCCCAGGGCGGAUUCUGGGGGCGGAGGGGUGCCUGGGUCUUCGCACAGUCGGGCGUAUGUUGACUUGGGGGAGAAAACUAGGACGGUUACCAUCGACUGGAAGGGGAAGGGAUUGGAAGGCUUUGAAGCGGAUCCGCAGGGGUUUUUUCCUGCUGCAGAGGCUCUGAUUGAUAUGCAAUGGUGCCCAGAUUCGGGGACUAGUAAUUCUCGGGCACACGCAGGAAGAGACCAGAAAAGCUGGAUUUGGAAGGAAACAGCCAUGUACAGGGACAUUGGACUCGGAUUGAAUUUUGGUUUAGAACCAUGCCACAGCAGGAGUAAGGAUGAGGUGAUAUGA